AGCUAUGACAGAAAGGACAGGUCUACUUUUUGACGUCAUAUUCGACGUUUUUGAUGAUUUCGAAUUCCAUCAAUGGAGUGACCUGCCAGUGGAAAUUAAGCUUCACAUCUUGAAAUAUCUUACCUUUCCGACGCUGAGAUACUUCAUGUUUUUGAGCAAGGAAUGCUACGAUCUCGUGUGCAAAGUAAAACCAACAGUUGACUUACGUCUUGGAGAUGUGGCGUAUCUAGCUUCUACGAAACAGCCAACGCUCGGAUGUCGCGAUGGUGUGGAAUUACACAUAUACUGGCGCAAGCCUGAAUCAGGCCCGAAAUCCGCUCAUGAUUAUGCAUUGAUAUUUGUCAAGGACGGUCAAGAAGGAUGUUCUGUAAAGAGGAUGAUAAAGAAGAAACGAAAAUAUCUUGAGCUACCAGGCACGAGUUACAGCUCGGAUAUCCUCACUGCUGCAAUAGAAUCUAUGUUUGGGCUUUCUAAAGUCUUGGAUAUUCGAGUAUUGACCCUAUCAAUGUAUUCACCAAAUUCACGGUUGGAAGCUCUUUUAGCCGAGCAACCAUCUUCACAACAAAUAGCGAGGAAAGAGUUCACCUUGGACUUUGAAGGCGAACCCUCAAUCACGAAUCACUUCUUGAGAUUUCUGAAACCUGGGUGUGGAAUAAUCGUCUUGAAAGAUACAUCUACAUCGGAAGUUAUUGAAGAGCCUGAGUUAUUCAAUCACAAUAUUUUUCGGUGCGCCCGUAAGAUCACACUUUUCGGUUGGAAAGCGGGAAUGACAGAUGAACAGCUUGUUCAACUUGCAGCAGAGGAUAUUUAUAUCACUGCACCUCAUAUCACAUCUCGAGCUAUCAACAAGCUUGUUCGAGAAUGGCUGGAAGGAAAACGCACAAUCAACUCCAUAGAUCUGGCAGAAGUGCAGAUAAACAUGACACUUAUUCUGCAAAAUCUCGAUCCGAAUGCGAUCAUGCAGUUCAAAGACUUUCUCAAACUAACAUCCUACAACGGGAUCCGGAUAGGAGUAGAGUCCACCGCUCCUGUAAUCAGAAGUCCAAGAGGCUUUCUAAUGGUAUUGACGGAAGCGAACAAUUGUCUAUUAACAGAUCCCUAUUUUGACAACUAG